AAAUAUGUCAUUGUUGGCAGUCACCAUGGCAACAGUGAAGAACUUUGGACCAGCAGUACUUCCAUACUUACUGAAAUAAUCAGGUCUGUGAUGUCCCAGGUUCAGAAGAAAAGAUGGCGACCAAAUCGUACUAUUUUGUUUAGUUCCUGGGGAGGAAGUGUUUUUGGCAAAAUCGGCUCACAUGAAUGGGCAGAGGAAAUGAAACAUGUUCUACAGAGUAAUGCUGUGGCCUAUAUUAACCUAUACAAACCUGUUAUGGGAAAUGGAAUCCUGAACACUGUGGUGUCACCUUCUCUUCGGCAACUGGCAACAGAUGUUAUGAACAAGAGGUUUUCUUUGAACUGUACAUGGCAAGAAAAUUGUUCAGGAAGAAAGGUCAACUCAGUGCAGGUGGAAGGAAACAGUGAUUUCUUCAUAAAUCAUCUUGGAGUGCCAACUGUUCAAUUUGCAUAUCAGGACACAAAACCGUCAGUGGGCCCAGGAUUUCUAUCGGAAGCACUUCUACUAAACGAUGCAUCGAUGGUUGAGGCUUUUGAUCCCAACUUUAAUCUUCAUGAAAUCGUUGCUAAGUUGACAGCUGAAAUGAUUCUGCGUAUAGCAAAUGAGCCAGUUCUCCCUUUCAGUGUCCUGGAUGUAGCCCUGGAGAUUCAAGAGAAACUCAAAGAUGACAACAUUGCUUCAGAGCAAAUGCUGGAAUUGGCCAACAUGUUGAGAGAAACUGCACAACUUUUUCAGUCAGAUGAAAUGCGUCCAGCUAAUGAUCCAGAGGAAAGAGAUCCUGCCCAUCUGAGAAUGCUCAAUGAUGUACUGCAGAACCUAGAGAAAAACUUUCUGAUCCAGCAUGCUCCACCAGGCUACUAUAGAAAUAUUCUAUAUCAUCUCAAUGAGUCAUCAAGACAAUUCUCUGUCAUGAAAGAAGCUGUUAACCACUGCAAACUUCAGAAGACAAACCAAACUCUAUCCAAAAUUGUGUCUAUGGUGCGGAACAGCAUUAGAUCUGCUCAGGUUUACUUAAAGACAGGUUUGGAUGUGUUUGAGAAUAUUCAAAAUACAAAAAUAACAAACUGACAUUUAGAACUAGAAAAAUACAAUGUAGAGGGUGGAAGAUUUUCUUCUGCAGAGGUAGAUACAUUACUGAAAACUUACACAUGAAUUUCUCAAAGGGCCCACUUACAAUCGGAAUUAUAUAUGGGGCCAAUUUCAAAUGCACAAAAUAAACUAUUUAAUGGUUAUCUUCACUGAUAACUAAUGGUUAUUGUGAACAACUGAGUCAGGCACUCAAACAUAUUUACUUACAGAAUUCAAAUUUGCCCCAAUUGUUUUACUACCUAUUUGCAAUGAUAGGAUAAUGUGAUGCUUGUUGAUAAUAAUUAUGUGGAGACUCAAUCUUUGAAUGAUUAGAUAUUUCCAGUCUUCUAAGGUUGUUAACUAUGUGAUUGAAAAGAUUUGGAAAAAUAAAUGCACAUUCACAGAAAUAAUACAUUCAAUCCAUUAACAGACUGAGCAAUGAAACCAAUGAAUGUUGUAUAAGCACUUAAUUAUUUUCAUUAUAAGCUACCUUCAAAAUGGGCAAUUAAUGAAAUUGACAAAGUCUUCGAGUUUUAUUAGGCUAUUAAAACAUAAUGUGCCUUUCAUAUUGAGGUGUAUGUUAUCUUGUAUAUAAGAGUAUUGUUCAUUGCAACCUGUGGAAUAAUGUCAUAAGGCAAGAUAAUUUGUGUCAAACAAAUGCCUUGUGUAAAACAGUGACCACUCUUCAUUUUUAAUCUGUCAAGUGGAACAGACAAUGAAAACUUAUAUUUUGGAUUAAUAUGCAGAAAUGUGUUAUUGUAAUGUCCUCUUACAUAGCCGAACCAUUGUGUUUUGACAAUUGAAUGCAUAUAGAGAAACUGAAUCUUCGGUACCUGUUUAAUUUGUAAAUCAAAAUGCUGGCUUAUGAAAGAUAUUACAGUGUGAAACAAUAGAAUCAUGUUUUUUAUUCACUAUCGUGACAGAUCGCUGCCUAAAUCUUUAAUGUACUUCUGUGGUACUUCUUUAUUUUGAUGUGCAGGAAAAGUUUAAAGUUGUAACAUAAUUUUCAAAUAAUCAAGUUAAAUUUGAAACCACUUGUUCCAUAAUUGUUAAUGACUUGAAAGGUCACAUGAUAUGUUUCUUUCUGCUCAAGUGAACCUGAAGAUGCUGGAAAUGCUUUUCUAUCAGUUUGACUUUCUUCAAAAGCUGUGAAAAAGUUCCCUUCAGACUAUCUCAUAAAUAUAGACACCAGGAGAUGUUCUGCUCCUUCAUUUAAAACUUAUCAGAGCAGAAUUAUAAUGUAUGAGGCUGUACUUUUACCUGCAAAUUAUGAAUUAUUAGUUUGGGCUAAAGCAUAGUUAUUGGCCUGAAUUAAUGGCCCUGUAACACUUUUUUGACCAAUGAAGGAAGUUACGCAGACUGAAAGGUUAAUGAAUCCAGUGGUACAGGGUGUAACACUUUAGCAAAAUGACUGAGUGGCAAAUAACAUGUAAAUCAAUGUCAUCAGAACAACAUGUUCAUUUUCCAUAACUCACCAAUUCUUAGUACAACACCAAACAACUGUGACUCUUUUGGUUUAAGAUUAUACUCCUGUUUAUGUGUGUGUCUUUAUGAAAAAUAAGAUCAAACUGAAAAAUAUGCUCCAUACGUCACAGUUAAAUUCCACGCAGCAAGUUGCCGACAUACGAAACCUCAUGCACAAUUCAGGUGGCUCAACGAUUAGGAGAUUAUGCAAAUCAAAAAUGGAAGAUAAACUGGUAAAAAUAACGAAUCUUGAUGAUAACGAAUCUUCAAAAUAACGAAUAUAUCAGUAACUAAUCACUGAAAUUCCUAUUUUUGGUUGAUUAGUCAAAAAUCAGAAGUGAAUGUGAAAGGUUUUUUUUUCGAUGUUGUUCUAAAAGGAUUGUAAAUAGUGACAAUAAACAGAGAGUGCCAGAGAAACUGAACAGAUUUGGCAGUAUCCGUGGAGAGAGAAACCGUCUUCCUCAGAGUUCAGUGUCAUACUGGACUGAACAUUUCUUACUCUACAGAUGCUAUUGGAUUUGCUGAGAUCCUCCAGCAUUCUGUGUUUGUUUCAGAUUUCCAGCAUCUGCAAUAUUUUACUUUUCUAUAAUAAUGACAAUUUGGCUUUCAAUAACGUUAUUGGGUUACAAGUAACUGCUGAUACCUGUAGACAAACUCACUUCAUAGAGAAACAGUUACUAUGAUCUUUCACCUUCCUCUGAGUUGAAAAUGUUGGCUCUUAAAUUAUACAGUGUGCUACUUGGUAUGCAAAAGUUAGUGGAAGAAUUGAAAAUGAAUUCCUGCAUUAAAAUAAGAGAAGAAGGAAUCACACUCAAUUAUGUUGGGGAUCCAUAUACUGUAAACCAAUGGAAUAGUUUCAAGAGUGCAUUUUAAGAAAUCUACUUGUAUAGAUCUUAAUCGAACAAUUACUAAACAGAGUUCUACACCAUGUGGCGUGAAGUUCAGAUAUGGGCAGAUAAUUUUUUUUAAAAAUGCAAAUUAAGCAUGUUUGUUACCAAUUAUCAGCACAACAUAUAAAAUAGAACUUUUGUGAUUGUCAGCUACAAAUGUGGUUGAUGAGUGCAUUCAACCCCUGAUACCAGAUUUACAAACAUCGGCUGAAUAAGGAAAAUAAUAAUCUAAAUGUGAUUUAAACUAAGACAAAAUAUCCAGCUAUCAGGAUAAAAUGGACUUAUUUUCAUAUAUAUUGUUUAAACAUGGUGUAGACCUGGUAUAAUGGCAAAAUAUUGCAUUUGAUUCUUAAUCGAGAAGCUACGGGUUUUGAUUUCUCAUAGACAGUAAGAAGCUGUCAUUGGUUAUUGAUCAAGCCAUCUUGUGGAAAUUUACUUUAAGGCUAAUGCGGAGAGGGGAAAUUAAUGGGAGGUGAUCUUCAAAUUUCACCCAUAUUUGAUGCAGAGUUGGUAAUCUAUUCACUGCGCCUGCUAAUAAUUUCAGUGGAAUGCCUGAAAUAUUAUUAAUUCAGUCCAAAAUUAAUUCAGUCUCUGCCAGCUCCUGCCCCACCAAACUUAUCUCCACCUAUCUUGACUCCAUUUUCUCCCCCUUGGUCCAGGA